UGAUAUUAAAAACGUGUUCCACGUUAGACAACUAAAUCUUUUGAAUCGGGAUUACGACAAUCUAUGGAAAUUGUUUUUUCAGGUUUUGCCCAUGUUGAAAGUGUCAGCUUGAUGAAUGUCACAGAUGCUCCGACGAACCCGAUUUACUCCAUAAAUGAAAUCAACCCAAGCAAAGAUACUACACAAUAUACAGAAAUAAAUGAGCGCUUCGAAAGUUCAGGAAUACGGUUCAAGAAAAUUGAAAAGAUCGAAAUUAUUGAAAAUGAGACGUUAUAUUUGGAAUUUUGCAAAUCCAAGAGCACAUGUGAACAAUACCAUGGAAAUCAUGAUGUCACAACAAUGCUUUUUCACGGAACACGACAAGAGAACGUUGAAGGCAUUUGCAAAAACGGAUUCCUUGUUAAACUAGCGGGGACAUUAAAUGACUCCGAACUUGCACGGAAUUACACAGGCAGUGCAACUGUGCGAAAAAUGUUUUUUGCUGAAGUCGUAACAGGAAAUUACCCCAUUGGGAAAAAGGAAAUGACGCAUACACCUCUGGACACCGAAGGUCACCCGUAUGACAGCGCUGUGGAUAGUUUGACAAAUCCUAGGAUAUUUGUUGUUUUUCGGGAUUCUUGCGCUUACCCAAAAUAUCUUAUUACUUACACAACUGAUGACGCGGUCUGA